AUGUGGAACAUUAUGGGUGCGAACAAACGCUGCACAGAUCGAGAAAUCUUGAGAGAGCAUACCCUACAUCAAAUAAAGAUCCGUAACAUGAGACCUCGUAUAGAUAAUCUUCCCCCAAAAGCAAUGCCUCAUCUCCAAAGUCGAGCCAAGCAAGAACGAAUCAAAAAUGACAGAGGAGCUGUAAUCGAUCAACAAAAUAAGCUUCUCCUCCAAAAAAUGCUUGAGAUUGACAUGAAACCUUCUCCUUUGACUCCAAAUUCCUUACCACCUAAAGGAAUAAAAUGUUGAUGCUGAAAAAAAUAGAAUCCGAGAGUGACACCUCCUAUAGAGCGAUGGACCUCGCGUGAUGGUAGAAAAGUGGGCUCUUCAUGAGUAAAAUAGACCCAUCCCAAUGGAGUCCUGCAAAAAAAGGGUGUUUUAUUUCUCCUUUAAGACUUUCCUGUCCCUACCAGUUGGGUUAGACAGAUUUUGCCUAUCACAUGGUUCUUCUUAUCAGGACAUUAGGACACCUCGCAGACAGUGGCUCUGCCCUAGGGAGCUAAUUCCUUGGACAGGGCGAAUCAGGCCGGAAAUCCAAAAGAGCUUCCUUUUGGAGCCAAGAUGUGUAACGUCUAGUUGCUAUCUCACUUAUAACCGUAUAGCAAUUAAUUUUACCACCAAAAGGUGGACUUCAAAACUUUUCCUUGAAUAAGAAUUCACGAAUUGUCGAGCUUACAAAAAUAACUGAUGAAAACAAAAAAAUAUUGAAAAGACUUCAGACAGCAAAAUCUGUAUAUUCAAUUAAGAAAUGGAAAAGAGAAUUUGAUCAUAGCCAAUAUUUAUCGCUUAAGCUUUCGGAAAAUGCUGGAAGAAUUCCGAGGUCUAUUAGCUUUGAUUUGAUAAAUGUGAAUACCACUACACCUGGCUCAGUGAGGCCUAUCACUGCAGCUGGCUCCCAGAAGUUUGAAUUUAGUAAAGCAAGGCCGUUUACAUCUGAAGGAAAACCCAGAAGUUUAAAUCAGGGAUUAUAA